AUGGUGCUCGGCAUCAUCGAGAACAUCUCGGUAGAGAAAGCCUCUUUAUUUUUUUCAUCACAUUGGGAGAUUGCUCAGAGUGGGGGGCAUGUCCCGAAGCCAUAUGUUCUCGAAACAAGGGCCUCUCGAGUAGUCGACCUCAACUAUAGUUCUCGGCAUCACCAACUAUACUGCCUCUGGACCAGAUGCCUUGCUGGGUCUCCUCUCUUGAAUGCCCAUUCGUACCUAGCACUCCUUCGGCUUCGACAUCUGUUAAAAUGGAAUUCUCAUAAUCUUAGAGAGCGUGAUAUACUCGAGCAGGGGAACAAGGCGUUACCCAGACCUUUGGCAUUCAAAAAUUUGAAUUUGCCUAGAAUUGUUUCAGUUUAUGUUGAAGCUAAAUACAUCAUAAAUGGGUCUUCUUUCGCUCCGACAAAGGCAAUGAUAACAGCCAACUUUCAUGAGGUGCUCGACGAGCUUCUCCAAGGGCUCCAAUGA